AAUCGAAAACCGUCUCUGAUAACUGAGUGAGCUUUACGUUAAACUAUCUUUCUUUAAAGGCAAAUAUUUGUGACUUCAAGUCAACUGAUCAAGCUAUGAUCGGUUUCUUUUAAGUUGAAAAAUGAAGUCUUUUAACAAAAUGCAACAGUCAGGCCUUCUUUUUUUACGAGCGAACUCAGCGGAUAAGUUCUUUUUCCCCUUCUCCCGUUUGCCGAAAAAAAGAAUGCCGGAUCGCAGGUUACUGCCUGCGAAGAAAGACUUAAAACUCUUGUCUACUUCGAGUGAUGGUUUAGAACGUUCGAUGAAGUUCGAUUGGGUUCAAAAAUCGAACGCAAUCGAACCCUAUCGAACCCUCAUACAAAGUGUUUGGUUCAAUUUUGUACGGUUGCCGAACUCAAUUGAACCCAGUCGUUCGGUUAAGUUCGAUUGAGGUCGAUUACCGAACAGUUGGAAUGCAGAACACUCGGCUAUCACGGUUAGUUUGUAAGACACUCGCCAACAGCUCGUGACUUACGUUUAUUGGCUCAUCUUUGGUGUUAAAACCUGUAAAACUCACCAAUGAAAGCAGAGAAAAACCUCGAACAUAAGCCUGUUAACAGGCUUGGUGUUAACAGGUAGAUGUUAACCCCGAUUUUUUUUCGUGUUCUUUCCACUUGCUUCGUUAUUUUCUUAGCCAGAAGACUCACAGAAAUGACCUGGCUUUUGCUUUGUAUAGGCUAUUAUUUAAAUAAAAACAACAACAAACAAAUUAAGGGCGGUCCCAUGCAAACGCAAAGAGGUCUCAUUAGCGCUUUUUUAUUGUUUUAUGGUCUUUCAUAGAAAUUUCAGAAUCACUGCCCGUUCCAAAUGCCUUCGUUAUUGAAGCGAAAAUAAUUAAAACAGGCUUAGGGAUUUCUUGCUUUCUCUUGUGGAGAAUCAAAUACAACCGCGUUCUAUAACGAUCACCACUUAUUCUGGUCUCAAAAAUUUAGAAUUUUGUCUCUUUUUUUCAUGAAAGUCUGAGUGAGUUGAAACAGCAACCAAUUCAUGUCAGUUUUAAACAAAUAUUACUUAGUGAAAGGGAUCAAAAUAUUUGUCUAGUCGCGUAACAAAGCCUGACAACAUACUUUAAAUCGCUAGUCCUACAAAAUUUGUGCGAAACUACACGUUCCUGAAGAGCAAAUUUAGUCAGCAUUUCUACUGUGUGGUCGCAUAUUUAUUAUGCAAAUCAGUUCUUUUGUUAUCGUCUAGUCCAUAUUCGCCGCGUGGUCAAAGUAUAAACAAAUAGAAAGCUCGGAGCACAACGAUUACACAAGCUGCUUUACCCGCCGGUUUCAAACGAUCUCAUGGCUUCUCCGGUUAGUAACAUAGAUCACAUUUUCAGCAAAGAGUUUAACUGUCCCAUCUGCUUAGAGGAAUACGUGGAGCCAAAGGUUUUACCGUGUCUUCACAACAUUUGUAAGAAGUGUCUCAAAGAAUUACUGCAUCAUCAUACGAUAAGCUUUCGCUGUCCUAUAUGUAGAACUGUUUGUCCUAUUUCCCAGCGAGGAGUGGAAGGUUUCCCUACGAAUGAUUAUUUGGCGCGUUUAAUUCGAGAUUCGCCGGCUAAGAAAGUUAUUCAAGAGAUAAGACAAGCGGUGAAGGAUUGUAGCCAAAAAUUAGCGAUCGUGCGAAGAAUCUACGACGAAGCUCGCAUUGAUGUGGAACGACAGGGCGAAAUAAUCAAGCGAAAGAUUCACGAAGACUUUGAAAAUCUCGUCGAGGUUUUACGCAAGCAAGAAGAAGCUUUGUGCAUUGAAGUCGAUGCUUUAGUUGAGAAAGAAGAGAAGAAACUUCCAGCGUGUUUUCUGGCGCUGCAAACAGAAACAUUGUUGACUCAUGUUGAAAAUUCGUUAAAACUGCGAGACGCUUUGGACGUGGCGAACGAUAAAGAACAUUUGAUGAACAGAAUCAGAGAUGCAAAUGUAGCGUGUACUAAACUAAGCCAUUUGCAUUCUGCCGAAACUGAAAAGCCGAAGGCUUUGUUCGAGUUUGUGGGAAACAAAGAAGUGCUUCAAUGUGUUACUGGAAACAUGUUUGGAGCAGUGUGCCUGAAGGGACAAUUAACAACUUCAAACACACUAAUCAAUUCACUUGUCACCGAGGACUUAAAAAGUCUUGAAGUUCUCAAACCUGGAACAAGAUUUCAUUCGUUAAAUAUUCCGCAUCCGUUGAGGCAAAAAUUCCAGCCAUUUGCCUUGGCUAUGAACGAUGAAGGUAACAUUGCGGUCAGCGAUCAAGGGAAUCACACGGUGUUACUUUAUAGCAAGCAAGGAGAGUUUCUGGCUCGUAUUGGCGUGCGAGGAUCAAAAGAUGGCAAUCUUGAAUCGCCAACUGGUGUGACAUUUUUAACUCGACAUUUAAUCGCUGUUGCUGAUGGAUGUCUGUUUGGCAAUCCUGCGCGGAUUCAAGCGUUUGAUAGUUCAGGUCGAUUCACUCGCAGUCUCGUCAAAUUAACAUCGAAUUCUUAUUGGUUCACGCGGCUUUCAACCGUAAAUACCGAGCAGCUCUUAGUCACGUGUACACCAGUAAUGCCCGGCCAUGAACCGUGUAUUAAAGUUUACAACACGAGAGGCGAAGAACUGCUUUGCUUUGGGACUAGUCUGUCAGGAAAACUCUUACAUCCCACAAAAGCUGUCUUGCACAACAAUGAGUUCUUCGUGUCGGACGUGGACAAGAAGAACAAUCGUUGUAUGGUGAGUGUGUUUGACCAGCAGGGUAAGUACCUGAGAGCGUUUGGUGAGUGCAUGCUGAAGAAAGAUCCAAACGAGCACGCUUUUUAUCCGCUGGUGAUUGCGUUGGACGUGACUGAUUUCAGAGUGCUGGCAUACAGUGGUUUGUACAAGCUGGUUCGUUGUUAUAUGCCGAAUGGUUCACUAGAGUCUUACUACAGCACACUGCCUGGAAUCACGGAUAUGGCGGUGAGUGGUGAUGGCAGGGUGUUUGUUGUUUGUGGAGGAACCGGCGAGUUUCCUCACAGUGUUCAAGUGAUUUUUCAUUAUUAGCAAGGAACAUCAAGGUUAAGGGGUUCUUUUGCCAUUACUGCAAAAAAUUUUUCCUUUCAUUUCUUAUCAUUUUCACACUUUUUAUAUCGAUUUGAGGUUCUUCAUUACUCACUGGGCAAUUAUAUCAAGUUUUUCGAAUUCUUUUUGGCUUUAGUCCGUUGAUUGAAUAGUGUAAUAGCUUCAUAAACAGGUUUGUUAUCCAAAUCACUGAUUGUUCCUUUGUUUGCACCUGUUGACUAAGUUGGUGUACAUUUUACACUAAAAUUUUACUGUGCCAUUAACAAGAAUGAAAUCACGAGUAUUUGAUCUUCAUCAUUCCGUUUAUACCAUAAGUUGUCGUGUAAUCGAUACACGCUUGGGAGAGAACCUUAAGCAGGAAUAAAAAGGGGUUAAAUAACGUCUAAAAGGUCUAAUACUUAUUGCACUUCAUUCAAUGGAACGACAAAAUAUUAACGAGUGGUCGGGUUGGAUUUCAACAGAGCUAAUAGCACGCAAGCAAUAUUGCUUAAUUAGGAAAUCAACGUUUUCGAAACAUUGCACUGUUUUUACUUUUUUUAUUGAGAAAUUUAAAAGAUAUAUAAUACAUGUACGCAAACAAACAAAGAGGUAAUGUUAUAUUUUGGGGUUGUUACCGACUGCAAGUGAAUGGCAAAAUUUAAAUGAUAUUAAGUUAGGUAAUAGAAUUUUGUAAGUGGAAGUGAGUUCCCGAAAAUGUACGAGAUCUUUUUAAAAGUUAUCUUGAGUCAGCUAGACUAGUUGUUCCACCGAGUAAAAUACAUAGUGGCAGUUCUGUUUAAUGUGUGAAUUUACUUGGGAGAAAAUUAUCAAAAUUUAUGAUACGACAUAGUAUUUUUAUUUAGAACGUUAAAGAACAAUGUACAAAGUUGAAAGACAUCCAUUUUUAUUUUGUAAAAGUAUCUUUUCGAGCGCGUUGGGGAGAGAAGCCUGAGAUUUACAUUCAAGCCGAAAUAUGUCACACAGUACACAGAAUUUGGAAUAAGAGCACGGUAUUGUUUGUUUUAUACAGAAAUUUUAUUUGUUACUGCUUGAAGUUUUACUUGUGCGUUUUUGACGUUUAGUUUUAUGACCAAUUAAACUGAUUAAAGAACGUUAUUUAAAGCGGUGUGUGUUCAGUGUGUGCUAUCUCGUGCAAUACUGGCAAUGACACUAUUUUGAAUAAUUCAACCUCUCUUUAAAGGGGGUUUUGUAUUACGGAGGGGUAUCAAACGAAAGCGAAGCGAAGCGAAGUCCUCGCGACAAUCGGUUCAUCAUCUCUCGUUGUUUCUCGACACAGUGGGCUCUGGGAAGGAGAAUGAGGAAACACAUGCUUAUAAGUGGAUUUUACUGAGCCGCGAGUUUUACCAACGAGAUUGUCACGCAAUAUGAAGGGGUAUCUCAAUAGAUCAAUUUCGAUAUAUUGAAAUUCAGCCUGUAGCAAUAGACCUUAGUGCGAGGCUCUGGGGAAUAACUACAGGCUGAAUUUUAAUACAUCGAAAUUAGUCUAUUGCGACAUGCCGGUCGUAUUCCUUGCAUCCCCGCUAUUAUUUUGCGUCAAUAGAAGAUGAAGAGGAAUAGAGUUAAUCCGCAUUAUAGGCCAUAUUCACAACAUAAUCCCUCCCAAGUUACUUUUAGAUCACUCCCUGUUU